UGCCAAUAAUCCUUCUUUUUUUUUUUUGUCAAGAAGGACGAUUUUCAUGAAACUAACUCCAAAGACAUGUCUGACAGUAGCAACAAGUCCAGCGAUGCUCCUGUUAGCAACCUAAACAAGGCACUCGAUGCAACCCCAAGCAAGGGGAAACAACCAUCAAUAACACCACGCCUCAUUCCGGUUGGAGAAGGGAAACCAUCAAACUUGGAGGCUUUUAAUAAGCUCAGAGCUGAUAUCGUCAAGUCCAUUAUAGAUCUAGAAGCAGAAUCCAAGUCUACCAUUUCCUCUUCUACUAGUCUCACACCAGAGACCACUCCUGAUAAACUACUUUGGGCGCGUGAAGAGCUUAAAUUUUGUUUAGAUUCCACCAUUGAUAGUGCCUUUAGAACUAGUGCUGACUUAAACCUGUUCAGAGAAGAUGCUGCACUCCUGAUUGACAAGAGCCAAGAUCUUAACGAUACCGAGCGUGGCCUUUUAGCUGUCUUCAGUAAUGACCUUGAUAGGAUAGAUAAGAAUGUAAAGAUUGCGGGUAUAGAGAAGGAAUAUCUAGAUGAGGAUGCAGUAGAACUAAAGGAACUGGUCAAAACACGAGACGAUUACAAGAGUGAACUUCAAAGCUGUCUAGAUGAUAUGAAUAGGUUGAGUGAUGAGCAUGAACAACUGCUGAAGAAGCUUCGUGAGCAUGAAGCAAAAAUGAAUGAAAAGAAGAGAAAUUGUGACAAAGUGUAUCGUAAAAAACCCAGCAUCGUUGGAAAAAUAGCGCAACUUAAAGAAAUUGAGGUGCGUUACGAACAAGAAGCUGCUGAGAUUGAAAAAUUGCGUAAAGUCCCUGAAAUUGGUUGGAAGGGUUUGAAAGCUAUUAAAAACUUACAAACUAGUUAAGCAAUUAGUUUGACGAAUGUAAAAUUUAUGUUUGGAAAUCAAACAAUAAAUAAAUUUCACAAAUUUAAAUUUGUAUUGAUGAAUAAAUAUGUAUGAUUCUU